UGUGUGCACAAAACACAUUCAGGAUGAAUAGAAACCCAUGAACUAUCUGCAGAACAUCUCGAGAUGAUCCAGAAUGCUGGUGGAAUCCUUCCUAUUUCACAUAAAAUGCUCUUCAGAAAACAAGAUGUGGUUAACAGUUCCUGACUCCUAAAAGGUCCAAGGACAACAGUCCUGUUCCAGCCUAUGUGUCACCUCCUCUUCUGCUGCCACCGUGCUUUGUCCACAACUGCCUCUAUUUGCGUUGGGCAUUUGAGGACUUUUGCUGCCUUGAUCCAAACCAGGAACCUUUCUCCCUCCCCUCUCUGGUACGGCCCCCACCCACGCUCCUUACUCUUUGGCAGUCUGGUUUCUCCUCCAUGCUUAGCUCAGCUGGACGCAACCGAGGUCCUUCUCCUCUCUGCAAAAAACGAAAAGUUGCCUAAUUCCAGAUUUCUAGACCAGAACUAAAACAAAGGGCUGGAGUUGGAGCUAGUGUGUGUUGGGCAUGCGCUAUUUGCCAUCUCUUCACAAGAGCAGAGAGAGCUGAAACCCAAAGGAUCAAACCAUAAGUGUUCUUGGUUUGGAGGUGAACCUGUCUUUACUUUAGUGAUGGGAAGACUAAGUCCUUUGUUCUUGGUGGCUUGUGGACCUAGGGCAGCUUGAAGAGAGCUUCAGAGGAGAAUAAAACUGGUCUUGGUAACAAUGUUAUCUUGGUGGGGAACAGGAGGACCAUUGUCUGGGUUUGGAUUCCUUAGAAGACACAGAGUGGAGAUCCACCUCCCAAGCCAACAUUCCACGAGCUGCGAGAACAUCCGAUCUUCUGAGGAUAUCAAGGGAGGCACCGUGGGUGCUGUUAUUGUGAUCUGUGUGUUGCCUGCCUGUGGGAUUUUGGCUGAUCUAUUUUAAGGAAACAAAAAUAGGAAAUCCAAUAAGGUCAGGAGAUAAAGGAUGUUCUUGAAGCCGAGUGGAAUUUACCUUCUGUAAGAGCAGGUCUGCAAAAGAACUCAAGCGAUAUGGAUCUAGAUUUAUUUCCACAAACGUAUUUUUGUUAGGCUCAUUUUUGCCAGAAGAUGCAUUUAAAUUUCCUUUUUACCUUCUCAACUAAUCAACAACUUUCUUUUAUUGAUUGUGCCUACACUAUCCACCAUGAAUGAUGAGCAGAGAUUGCACAAUAACGCGGUAGCCUGGCUAAUAUGUGCAGGGAUUUCACUGUUAGCAAACACAUGGGGGAUAUUAAGUGUAAGUGCCAAACAAAAGAAAUGGAAGCCUCUCGAAUUUCUUAUCUGCACCUUGGCUGGAACUCAUAUCCUUAAUGUGGCAAUCCCGGUCACCAUAUAUUCUGUGGUCCAACUCAGAAAGCAGCACUCAAAGUAUGAGUGGAAUGAAGGACUAUGCAAAGUGUUUGUAUCAACAUUUUAUACCUUAAGUCUCGUUACCUGCUUUUCCGUCACCUCCUUGUCGUAUCAUCGAAUGUGGAUGGUUCGCUGGCCGGUAAAUUACAGGCUCAGCAACACUAAGAAGCAAGCAGUACAUACAGUCAUGGGAAUAUGGAUGGUAUCGUUCAUUCUUUCUACCCUACCAGCCGUUGGUUGGCACGACACCACUGAAAGAUUCUACUCUCGGGAUUGCCGCUUCAUUGUUACGGAAAUUGGGCUUGGCUUUGGAGUGUGCUUCUUGCUUUUAAUCAGCGGCAGUGUGGUGAUGGGGGUGGUUUGCAUCGGCAUUACUCUGUUCCAGACAUUUUCUAUCCAAACUGGGCAAAACGUUGAUAAACAUAAAUUCAAUGUCCCUACUAUUGUGGUUGAAGAUGCUCACGGGAAAAGAAGAUCGUCCAUCGAUGGGUCUGAACCUAUUAAAACGUCCCUUCAAAUAACCUAUCUGAUAUCAGGAAUCGUGUUUAUAUAUGACUUUCUAAUGGGCUUCCCUAUAUUGGUCGUAAGCUUCGCCAGUUUAAAGUUUGACACGUCAUACGAGUGGAUGGUGCUAUGUGUCUUGUGGUGUACAGUAGUCCAAGCAUUGCUUCUACCAAUGUUUCUGUGGGCUUGCGAUCGCUACCGUGCCGAUGUAAAAGCUGUAUGGGACAAGUGUAUAGCAGUCAUGUCUAAUGAUGACACAGAUGAAGACAACAGCCCAGAUGGUGGCAUUCAUUCCGAUCUCAUUUACGAAAGGCCAUAUGAUUACAAUUAUGGAGGUGACCUGAUGGCUAUGGAUCGUGUUAACAAAUAUGACCUUUCAGCGCUGGAAAGAGGAAUUCCGCAGAUUUAUCCUAUGAAAGAAAUUCAAGACGAUAAAAUGCAUUAUCUUCAGGUCCCUCCAACGAGACGGUAUUCACAGGAUGAAACAGAUAUUUGGGCACCUGGCCAGAUUCCAGCUUUUCUUCAUACCUGGGGAUCUGCAGAAGAUAUGGCUGCAAUCUCAUUUUUCACCAUACCCAGAAGGGAAAGAAGGAGCAGUUUGGCAUCGUAUCACGAAGGCUACCAUAUGCCGUAUAGAAAGUGCCGCAAGGCAUCUGGGAGCCUCAUUUCACUGAAGCAUUUUACUUUAGAGGAACUUUACAAAGAAGAUUAUAAAUGCUUCAGCCGGGAAGAGAUAGUCAGUUUUAUUGAUGAAACUCCUCAUCCAAGUCCACGAAAAACGCAAGUAAGGUCCUCUUCAAUCUCCCUAAUACCAGAAAGUUUGCCGCAUCAGACUAUUGCUCACUUUGCUUUGACAGACUUUGAACGAGAGCCACAAGUCUUGCGACGGCUUUCAAACCAUGGGAAGAGUUGCACACUUAACGUACCUGGUCAUCAUAGACCUCAUGUUGAUAAUAAACGAUUUUGCACAGAGGGACACAGAGGCAAUCGUUGUAGUCAAAGACACGUUCAGAAAACAGAAUCUCAGAAACUGGAUAACAUAGCAACUGAAAAUUCCAACAGUUUAAGCCCUACAUGGACCGGCCAAGAUCACCUGUUAAACGUACAAAGUAAAGGAAGCACAAACAGUUUUUUAAGUUUGCCUUCCGCCUCUUCUGGAUACAUAACGUUCCAUUCUGAUUCAAUUGGUUCUACAUCCUAAGGAGUUACUUAGAAAUUCAGACAGUUUGUCAAGAUUUAUUCUUUCACGGUUGACGUUUUUACUCUUUUCAUUCCUGGAAUUGGAUAUGGCACCAAAGAAAAGACUGACAUUUUAAAUAUUGAAACACAAUUUUAACUUUUGUGCAUUUGUUAGGAAAACAAAUAUUCAGGAAAAAAAUAUGCACAGAACAUUUUCAACUUCAAUUGCUCAUUAUGGUAAAUGUAGCUGUAACAAAACUGCUGCAUAUCUAUAUUUGCCAGGAUAGUUUAUUAACCUAAAGACAUUAAUUCUUACAAGUCCUACGUAAGCAAGUCUUAAAAACACAUUAUCUCCUAAAAUGUCAUCAAUAAAUCCAGUAUAUGCAUGUCUUUGUAUAGCUCUUUUCACACUUUAUUGGUGGCUUAUUCCUAAACACUCUCCAGUUUUCUAUUACAAAACAAAUUAUGUUCAGUGCAGUUUACACUGAAAUUCUGAAACUUUUGCUUUUUUAAGAAAAAAAAAGUGUACUUCUAAUAAUGUAUUGUAUUUUCUGUACUUAUCAUAUCACGUUUUUAAAAUCUAGGAAUAUGUGCUGAUCCACAUAUGAUUAAAGAUAAACAUUAGCUCUCUACCUACACAUUUGUUUUCUGACUAAAAUGUUUGGAUUUUAAAUAAAUUUUGUUUGUCCGGGGUUGGAAAAUAA